AAGUCCAACGCAAUUGUUUUUAGCCUCAAUUUUCGUCGGCUGCGAAUCUCUCUCUGUCUCACCAUUUUACUACACCACUCGAACCCGAAAGCUUUUCUGCAAUUUUGGCAUCCUUUCUCCCAUUCGAGGAAGAUUAUUUUUGGAUUCUUGAAGUUUCUUGGCGUUCGUUGAUUUGCCAGUAUCGAAUUUUAAUCGAUGCAAUCGCUUUAUCAGGGUUCGGGCUCAGGCCCUACAUUCGGUCUCUUGUCCUGAUUGUGGUGGAGAAUUCUUUGUAGAAUUUAGGUCGCCGCCUUCUCUAUCUCCGGUUGUUCAUCGGUUUCCAGCUGCUGCGAUGUACCACGAUGAUGCUUCUGACCCAGACCCUUCCUUCGUCCCAAGAUUGCGUCGCAGCGGAAGAAACGGUGAGGAUCGCUCCCCUUUCAAUCGUAUCAUUGUUCUACGUGAUCCCUCGAAUUCGGGUGCUAUUGGUAACAAUGGUAUUGGAGCUGGAGGAAAUUAUGAGAUUUAUUAUGAUGAUGGUACUGGGGCUAGCCUCCGUCCUUUACCUUCUAAUAUAUCCGAGUUCUUGAUGGGAUCGGGGUUCGAUCGCCUUCUCAAUCAAUUGGCGCAGCUGGAGGUGAACGGGGUUGGCCCAUUGGAAAAUCCACCGGCUUCGAAGGCUGCGAUUGAAUCUUUGCCUGUGGUUAAGAUUCUUGCUAGUCAUGUGCCUAUGGAAUCACAUUGUGCGGUUUGUAAGGAACCGUUUGAGCUCGACUCCGAGGCUCGAGAGAUGCCGUGUAAGCAUAUUUACCAUUCGGAUUGUAUACUUCCCUGGCUUUCUAUCCGGAAUUCAUGUCCUGUUUGUCGGCACCAAUUGCCUAGCGACGUGCAUAUCAGUGGCAGGAGCUCCCCUGCUUCUGCGGAAGAAGUUGUUGGACUAACAAUUUGGAGGCUUCCGGGUGGGGGUUUUGCUGUUGGAAGGUUUACUUGGGGCAGGGGAGCUGCGGAACAUGACCUUCCUGUUGUUUACACUGAAAUUGAUGGUGGGUUUAGUACCACCAGUGGUGUUCCUAGGAGGAUUACAUGGGCAUCAAGCGGGAGAAGAUCAAGUGAAAGUGGUGGAUUUCGUCGCAUUUUUCGCAAUUUCUUCUCCUUUUUCAGGAGGUUUAGAAGUUCAUCUCGUCAUUCUGGUUCAGGACAUGGUUUAAUGAGAAGGAGCUUCUCUGCUACCUUAUUCAACAGACGCUCAAGGAGGAAUAAUCAACCUAUAGCGUCAGACACAAACUAUACACUUUCUGCUUAGUUAUACUUAUAGAGAGGUUGAAUUCCCACCCACCCUGUACUCCCUUUAGAAAUUGUGAGUGAUAUUGGACCCAUAACUGUCUUCCUUUGGGUGAUGGGGUAGAUGUACAAUUUUUGUUUUAUUAGAUGUAUAUAGAUACAUCAACUAGAAAUACUGAAUUCGGUAAAUUAAAUGUAGUUGACUGGAGAGUUUUUGACGUGGUGGGACAAAGUAUAUGUAGAGAUAAAGAAGGGAGAGAGUUGUACAAUCUGCCUGUUCGAGGGUUAAUGGCAGUUCAAUUCAAGUAUUUGAUUGUCUUUUGAUGUUUGAUGUUAGAAGGAAAGAGAUGGAUGAAGAGUUCCUGUUGAUGUCUAGUAGGUUCAUUUUUUUUCCUUUUAUGCAAUGUAACAUUGUAACUUCGCUGCAAAGCAGCUCUUAUCCUUAGAAUACGAAGAUCUUCUGUUUUUAGCUA